GCGAAUUAUAAGAAAGGUGGUGAAUUAAUAGAUGCAUACAAUCAAGGCGGGCAGGUGGAAGUAGAGAAAUUAAUACGGGAACAAUUCGGGCAGCUCAUGUACCAGGAGGGUAAAGGUCAAAUAAUCAACAGAUCAGAAUAUCUCAGAUGGAAAUUCAGGGAUUGCGAGCAAGUUACUUUGCCUAUCGAAGCUUCCCUUAGCAGGUUUGAUCCCUUGGGUAAAUGGGAGGACCACGAGGCCUGUUGGCAAAUGCAAUACAGAGGUUCACUCGGCGAGAGCCUCAUCCACGUCCUAAUUAUAUGUGAUACGAAAAUACAUACAAAACUAGCUAGAACGUUAAUAAAGUGCUUCCCGAAGUUAGCUUUAGACGUCGUCGAAGGAGAGGAAUAUUUAGGCGCAGGAGCUCUUCAUUUGGCCAUAGCCUAUAACAACAAUGAGUUAGUACAA